AUGUUCAUGUCUGGUCUCCAACUGGUGGCCCAAGAUAGACUGCACAUCGUCGCUAAGGUGGCCAGCCAUCCCCUGAUUAUCUGCAACGCCGGUGUCCAUGUAACCCAACGCGCUCCAUCGCACACCCGCAAUUUCUCCCUCGCUAGACUGGAGAAGGACGACUGUGACGAGAACGCAAACGAUAACGGUGCUUCUCGACCUACGCAUUCGCCCACCCUGAAAGUGGAAGCGUUGCCGUCAUCGUCGUCGCCGCAGAAGCAGCAACAGCAACGCCAAAACCACCAGCAGCAGCACAGUGCUGCCCACUACGUCCUGCAGCCGCCCUUCCGCACCCGCGCAGCGAACUCUCCUGGGCGGCCACUGCUACCUCUGCAUCGGUUGACUGCCUCCCGGCUUUGGAACCCGACCAACUCGACUCCCCGCGAGCUCGACAGCCGCCCCCGUCGUCCAUCUACUCCCCCGCCGCCUGCUGUGCCACUGUCGCACCCUGUCCUCCACGCUAUCGCACCCAUCGAUCCUGCAGACCCCGUGUCCACCGCCGCAGGGGAACACCCGCUACUCACCCUCCCCGAACUGCGUCAGACUCGCCAUUCGACUUCGACCCGUGCCAGUUUGCAGAUUGACAAGGCAGGGAGCGAUCCUCGCGUUAGCCUGCCUGGUUCGCUGCGGCACUCGUACGACGGCAAGGGCGCUGCAUCCUCUUUGAGCACAAGCGCGCAAGCAGACCCUGGAUCUCCGCCCAUAAACAAAGAAGCAACCUCGGAACAAGGCCAGCCACCUGCGAGCCCCAGGCGGUGGCCGACAUCGGCAUCGGCAUCUUUGCACCCGACACCUGAGUUUUUUCCGGUCGGCACACUGGAUAAGGGGAAAGGUCGAGAAAUAAUGAAUAGCCCGGACGAAGGCCUGGGGAGGCAGCCGCCCAGAGAUGGAGACGUCGAGAGGGGUCCGGACGUCAUGUUAAAUCCAGAUGAGCCUCGUCGGUCUAUGGUAUCUGGUAUUGGAUCGGCAAUAUCAUCGGACAACUCCUCGAUCAUGGGCGAUCCGGAUCAACCGAUCGAUGCCGGCGAAGAAUGGGGACCGCAGCACCCUUGCUACCCCCAUCUGAACCCUCACGUCCCUGUCGACUCCCCCGAGUAUGCCAAAACUCGCAUCAUCAGGAUCCGAAGGGACUGGCUGCUCGAGGGCGACCUCGCUCCGACUUUUUCAAAUCUUUAUCCCGAAAUCCUCGACCCGGCUGGCCUAUCGGAGCAAGAGUUUCGGCGAGUAAUAGAAAAACUCAACGGAGAAUUAAUACCCAUCUUCAACCCAUACAGCUGGAGGAAUGUGUUUGACGGCGUCAUGGGCGUCCUCACGGGCUGGCUUUGGGAAGAUUUUGGUCUCACGGGAGCCAAAAUCCGUCUAAGGAAACUUGAGCAAUGGAUCGAGAAGUGGAAUGCCGACAUGGAAAAGACUAUAGGCUCAGAGGAUGGCAUCAUACCUCCCAUGCUGAUCCCAUUACGCCAGACCGCAUACAUGAGUUUGGACAUUCGAAUUGGCGAUCCUGAGAUUGCUCCUGCGCAAGCACCCGUACCCGAGACUCCUGUAGCAUUAGGGCCAGGAAUAACAUCAGAACCAGAAGCACGAGCACCUGACGAAGGGCCUUCAUGA